AAGUAACGCUUGAAAUGCGUAUUUACAUUACAGUAUAACAUAGUCACGAUGACAACAAUGGAGUGGUUUCAAGAAAAAGUUAAUAAGCUUAUCGAACUUGAUACUAUUAAAGAAAAGGAAGAAACUUUAAUGGAAAUGCAAAUAAAGUGGAGAAAUUGUGAUGUUUUAGAACAGCGCACAAUUGCUGAAAACUUGAAUUCUGAUCCAUUAAUGUCUCUCUUAUUGCAAGACGAAGAUAUCAGAGACCGUGUAUAUGUAAUUUUGACGAUGAUAUACGAUGGUAAAUAUGAAAUUUAUAAAAAAAACCCAGAUGAAAUACUGCCAUUAAUAAAUCACUCAGAGUCGGUGAUCAGAAUGUUUAUUUUGAAGCAAUUAUUGUCUUCGUGUGAAGAUGAACAAAUGCUUCCUGUAAUAUUUCGAGAUGUUAAUUUAAUAGUUGCAGUUAUUAAUAGAAUUAGUGAUGAGGAUGGGAGUAUUCGUACAAUAGCAAAGAAUUUCAUCACAAAAAUUGGAAAAAAUCUGAAUGGAGUGAAAAUUUUAUAUCAUGGGGAACCUUUGAGAGCGUUGGCCAAACUUGCCGUUAGAAAUGACCAUGUCAGUUUUCAUGUUGGUGACGUUAUAAUAAGCAUAGCUACAAUUUCCAAGGAACAUUUAGAGGCAACUAUACAAUCUGGAUUUUUGAGCAGCCUCAUCAAUAUGUUACAAGAUGAUGAUAUAUUAUUGCAAUCGGCUGCCAUAAAAUUACUGACUCCAUUGGCUUUGACCGAAGAAGGUUUGAAUUAUUUGGAACAACAAGAGGUUUUGACAAAACUUUUUGGUAAAAUAAUAUGUACCGAUGAAAAUCUUAUGUCAAAUAUUACCACUCCUAAUGUCAUCAAAUUUUUUGGAAACAUUGCACAAUUGUGGCCGAAUGAAAUGUUCUUAAAAUAUCCAGAUGUAGUCUCAGAAUUAUUUAGAAUAUUAUACGAAAAAGAUUGUCUCUUAUUAGGUGUUGCAUUGGAUACGUUAGGACACAUUGCAACAAACAUGGAAGGAAAAUAUGCGUUGCAGACAUUGGGGAUGUUAUUUGCAAUGAAGAAAAUAGGUGAAAUUAUUCAAGAAACGGAUACACAUUACAAAAUCUCUGCUUUGAAUAAUCUUAACUUAUUAAUUAAUGUACCAAAGGCUGAACAAGAUAACAGAAUUUUAUCUUUAACAAAAUCAUGGUUUGAUGCUCUUUGCGAUGAUCCAUUAGGAUUGAUUGUCAAAAUGUCUAAACAACCAUUCAUUGACAUCAGAUCUGCCAGUUUAGAAGUUCUAGCAACUGUAGCAUCUCAAGCAUGGGGUCAACAAUAUAUAUCUGAUUCUCCAGGUUUGAUAGAAUUUCUCUUGGAUAGAAACAUUGAAACUUUCAAAGAGUGUAAGGAAUUGAAAUAUAAAGUUGUUCAAUAUUUGUCUGAAGCGGAAUCGCAUGUAUUCGAGGCUGGUACCAUACAAAAAUUAAAACAAUUUGUUAACGAAGGCCCAUUCUACGUUCAAACCUAUACAGAAGUUGAAUAUGAAAGUGCUAUGUAAAAUGAUAACGUUAUUAAUAUAAAUGUAGGUUAUAUCGUUAAAUAUCAUUUUUUUCUAAUAUAUAUUUCAUAAAGUUAUA